GGAGAAUAUUUUUGACGUCCGCUUAGCUCCACUGACGCCUCCAUUGAAUGCACCUGUGAUGCAAAAUUCGCGUUUUUUAAGAAACGUGGCCUGUCGUGUCAUCUGCACGGAACGAUAAAACGCGUUUGUCUUGCACAAAAGCUGUCAGAAUGACCCAAGAUCAGCUCCUCACGGGUUUGAAGAAGGAUGUCCGCUCUCUCUUGGUCUCAGCGAAGCAUGGCUUGACCCCUGAGCAGCUCAAGAGAGACUACCAGACCAUGCUGGGCUUCCCCAUUCCCCUCAGGCUACUGGGAUUCAGAACUGUUUUGGAUAUGGUCAAGGAAAUGCCGGACGUUGUGCACUUGGAGUACCACCUUGAUGGCAGCAUAAUUUUAAAAGCCAUUGGAGAUGAGAGCACUAAAGGCAUCGAAGAGCUGGUGUCUAAGCAACGUGACCACAAACCCAAAGUCAACAAUCGGAGGGGAAAUCUAGUGAACUUCCACACCUCUUACCCACGCCAUCAGCCCGUUAUUCUCCCUCGGCGUGGCCAAGCAAAGCCCGCCCUGCCUGCUCAACUGCGCAGCCAACUAAAACAAUUACUAUCUCAUGGGCCGGUCAGAUUAUCAGAGCUGGAAUCCAGGUAUAUGGCACAGUUCGGAAAGCCUCUCCAGAUCACUCAAUAUGGCUUCUACUCCAUUUCCGAGAUGCUUGCGGCUGCCACGGAUUUCAUAAUUAUGCAGCAGAGUCGCACUGGCUCGCAACUACUUCUGAAAAGCUCCGUAAUGCCACAAAAUCUGAUGCCGAGUCUUUCCAAGAAGUUGCCGUCUCCUUUGGUGGCUAAGCAGAAGCUUGUGGGAUUCAGUCCUAAAGCAACUUCACCGCCAGAGACAAACCAGCAAAAUUCGCCCUUGUCCCCUGCUGACCCUGCUGUUCUUAAACCAGAGCUUUUGGAGAAAGAGCACUCUUUUGAAGAAACCAUUUUUAAGCUUGAAGAGGAGCUCAGACAGCAGAUUCUCGAGAAGGGCACCGCUGGCACCGUCAGCCGCGAGCUGAAAGAUAAGCUACGGAAGGUUGUAGCUGAAAAUGGCAAUGGGAUCUCCAUUCACAAUCUACCCACAGAAUACAAGCGAAUGUAUGGUGAGGAGUUGCCGGUGAGCCAGUGUGGCUUUCUGAGCGUGACUGAGAUGGUUGGUGCUUUAAGCGAUACAUUUUCCAUCCAAAGAGGUGCUGACGAGAGUGAAAACCACUGGAUGGUCGUGGAGUUCAAACCAAAUGACACACAACCCACUAAAUCUGAAUUAUCCCCGAGUCACGGCACCACUUUUAGUCCAACGGACGAAUCCCAGAAUCCCUCCAGCAAAGCCUAUUACUUUAGCUGUGCAGAGUCUGCCUGGGAGCGUGAAGAGGUGGAGCAAUCCAUAGACCCCCAAGAGUCUGAUGCUGAGCUCAGAGUCACCAAUAAAACCAUCCAUCAGAUGGGGGAUCUUUUCCCAGAGUUGAUGGUGAGCCAUGUCUCAGUGGUUCCUCCAGACGCAGUGCGCAGCCAGAAGCUGAAGCCGCCCAAUCGCAGGAAGGAGAGAGAGCUGGUGCCAGUCCUGGUGGAGCAGACAGAGUCACCCAGCCACUUCUACAUCCGCUUCAGCCAAAACAAGGAGGCCAGAGCCCUGGAGAACAUGAUGAUAGAAAUGAGGAGCUGUUACUCCUACCCAGAUGUGGCGGAGAGAUACCGGCUACCUGAUGCUUAUGUGCGGCCGGGUCAGGUGUGCUGUGUGGCCCCAAGAGACAUGUGGUUUUACCGGGUGGUGAUCCAUGAGGUGUUCAGUGGUACUGAAGUAAAGGUGUACUACGUCGACUUCGGAGACAUCACAAAAGUAGAACGAAACAGCCUCAGAUUUCUCAAGGCUUGUUAUGCUGACCUCCCGGCUCAGGCUGUCCCAGCAAUGUUAUCUGGAGUUCGGCCCAUUACGAGCAUUUGGACUCAGAGUGCAAUCAGCUCUUUCCAGAGGAUGUGCUGUGAGCGCACUCUGGUGGCCGCCAUUCACAGCUACCAGGACAACUUCCUGUUGCUCUUCCUGUGCGACACGAACACGGAGGAGGAUGUUUACGUUCACCUCGCCCUACAGAAAGAGGGCCACGCCCUUCCCUGCAUUACUGCUUAUGGAUUGAUGUCAGAGCAGUUCAAUCCAUUGACGUCUUACUUCGGAGAUGAUCAGCUUGAGGAUGUACAGGAGUCUCUCACACCCUCCCCAUCUUCUCCAGAUAUAGAGAUCCGCUCUCAGGGAAAUGGCUCUUCAAGCUCCUCUCAAACGGGUUCCAGCUCUGAAAAUGGAGAAAGCAACUUCUCCUCCAUUGAUGUGGACCCAAACCUGGACCUUCCUGCCCUCGAGUUUAUAAAUGUUCCUGACGUCAACGCUGCGGCUGAAAGUGAGAAAGUAAUUCCGUUUGAGGCUCUGCAGGGUAAAAACCCAUUACGCUGCAGUAAAUGGAAUCAGGGUUGGACAGCAGAGGACAAAACAGAUAAGACGAAACAUAAACCUGACGUCAAGACAGAAGACGAAUCAAAACCUGAGAUUGUGUCUACUCCUCCACCUGUUCAAGCAACAGUGAGUGAACUGCAGAUGUGUGUGACUCCAGCUAAACCAAAGCCCGUCUCAACCACAUGCACCAGCCCCCACACCCCUGGCCCGAUCCAGAUCAACGGCAUAUUUCCAGUUUUUCCAGGUGUACCUGUUUAUCCGGUCCAGCCCCCGGUUUCCCACCUCAUAAUGCAUUUCUUCAGCAGUCCAGUCUGUGUGGGACAGGGUCCAAACACUCCGUUCCGGCAGCACACAUCUCCGUUAGCUCUAAGACCAGCUGCGCGCCUGUCCGCUGGGGCCAACAUCCUUCACUGGCGCUCCAACCACAUAGUCUGACCAGCCAGAAGCGGUGCGUGUUGGUUUCAAACCUAUUUUGGACUUUCGUUAUGUUCAGAAACUUUUGUUCUUUCAUUUGGCUGCAACUUAUAUCAAAUGAUAUAAUACAAGCAGCGGAGGACACAAAAGGACACGUCAGAGCAGAUAUAUUUCUUGUUCAUUUUAUUGUAAUGUCUCUCCAGCAGCAGAUUGUUCUUUAUUUUUAUUUAUUUGAGUGCACAAUGCUAAAGUUUUGUAUGUUUUUAUGUUUGCACUAUGGACCAAAUUGGACAUUUGUUUUAUUUGUUAUUAAGUUGCUUGUUCAAAGUUCAAUUCAGAAUGUUUCUUUUAUAUACAAAAAAAGUUUUAUAAAGAAGAAAAUGGGAUAAAAAAGGAGGAUACACUGAAAA